AUGGUAAACAUUGAUCGAGGAUUUCUAGAAACAUUGGUGGUAGUUGCUGAACUUCUGCUGUAUUGGGGACAAUGGUAUAUUAAUUACCGUACUGCUUUAGGAAUGUUUAACACGGGAAAAUCACAUUUUACUAUAGAUAAAAAUGCCAAAAACAAGGUCUAUUUUAAAGAUGUUGCUGGCUGUGAUGAGGCAAAGCAAGAGAUUAUGGAGUUUGUGCACUUCUUCAAGAAUCCUAAGAAAUAUGAAGAGCUUGGUGCCAAAAUUCCAAAAGGUGCUCUUCUGUUGGGUCCUCCAGGCACAGGAAAAACCCUUUUAGCAAAAGCAACUGCAGGGGAGUCUGGUGUGUCAUUUCUCUCUACAUCCGGUUCUAUUUUCUUGGAACCGUUUGUUGGUGUUGGAUCAUCUAAGGUGAGAAGCUUGUUUCAGGAAGCAAGGAAGUGUGCUCCAUGUAUAGUAUUUAUUGAUGAAAUUGAUGCAAUUGGUCGGGCAAGGGGUACAGGCGGAUAUUAUGUACACGAGGAGCGUGAAAAUACUUUAAAUCAAUUGUUGGUGGAGAUGGAUGGAUUUGGAACCACUUCUGGAGUUGUUGUGCUAGCUGGUACAAAUAGAGCUGAUGUAUUAGACAAAGCCCUAGUUAGACCAGGGCGUUUUGACCGCCAAAUAACAAUUGACAAACCCGACAUCAAAGGUCGCGAUCAGAUAUUUCAAAUUUACUUGAACAGAAUCAAACUUGACAAUGAGCCUUCAUAUUAUUCACAUAGACUUGCAUCCCUUACUCCAGGAUUUUCUGGAGUGGAGAUUGCUAAUGUUUGCAAUGAAGCUGCUCUGAUUGCUGCAAGGACUGAUGAAGAACAUGUCACGAAGGAUCAUUUCGAGGCAGCCAUUGAUAGGGUCAUUGGCGGUUUAGAGAAGAAGAACAUGGUAAUAAGUAAGCAGGAAAGGCGUACUAUUGCUUACCAUGAAGCAGGCCAUGUUGUUGUGGGUUGGUUCUUGGAACAUACUGAGCCAUUGUUGAAAGUAACUAUUGUUCCUCGCGGAACAGAAACUCUUGGGUUUGCCCAGUAUUUGUCAAAUGAAAACCUUCUCAUGACCAAGGAGCAACUUUUCGAUAGGACUUGUAUGGCCCUUGGUGGUCGCGCUGCCGAACAGGUUCUCAUUGGGACUAUCUCUACAGGAGCACAAGAUGACUUGGAGAAAGUCACCAAGAUGACAUAUGCUCAAGUAGCCGUCUAUGGUUUUAGCGAACAAGUUGGCCUCCUCUCUUUCCCUCAUCAUAAAGAGGAUUCGUUUGAGAUGUCCAAACCAUACAGCAGCGAAACUGGUGCAAUCAUUGAUAAGGAAGUACGAGAAUGGGUGAACAAAGCAUUCAAACAUACUAUACAACUAAUAGAGGAACACAAGGGAAAAGUAGCUGAAAUUGCAGAGUUGCUGCUCGAAAAAGAAGUACUAUACCAAGACGACUUGCUCCAAGUCUUGGGUGCGCGCGACCCUUAG